AUGGAGGAAGGAAAUAAGUCUGUGGGGUCUGAAUUUAUUAUUCUUCGACUUUGUAAUUCAUGGGAGCUCCAGGCCUUCCUCCUAGUGAUAUUUUCUUCACUUUAUUUGAUCACCAUUUUAGGCAACAUCUUCAUUAUGCUCCUAAUUUUUGCUGACCUUCAUUUCUACUCCCCUAUGUACUUCCUGUUAGCCAAUCUUUCAUUCAUUGACUUCUGCCUUUCCUCAGUAACUACCCCUAAAAUGAUCACAGACUUUCUCAAGGAAAACAAGACCAUCUCCUUUGGAGGCUGCAUGUGUCAGAUUUUCUUCGGACAUUUCUUUGGAAGGUGUGAGAUGGUGCUGCUUGUGACAAUGGCCUACAACCGUUUCAUAGCCAUCUGCAAGCCACUCCAUUACUGCAGCAUCAUGGAUAGACAAAAGUGCAUCUGGUUAGUUUUGAUAUCAUGGAUCAUUGGCUUUGUGCAUUCAGUAAGUCAACUAGCUAUAAUUAUAAAGCUGCCCUUCUGUGGACCCAGGGAAUUGGAUAGUUUUUUCUGUAAUAUUCCAUUGGUGAUCAAGCUAGCCUGCAUGGACACCUAUAUUCUAGAAAUGCUGGUAAAUAUUGACAGUGGAGUACUAGAAGCUAUCUUGAUCUCUUACUCUUACAUUCUGUUAACUGUCUGCCUUCAUUCCAAGGAUGGGGCAUCCAAGGCUCUCUCUACCUACACUCCUCACAUUACUGUAGUGGUGUUAUUUUUUGGACCCUGCAUCUUCAUCUAUCUGUGGCCACUCAGCAUCACCUGCAUGGACAAAUUUCUUGCUGUGUUUUAUGCAGUCAUUACACCUCUCCUAAAUCCAGCCAUUUACACUCUAAGAAACAAAGAGAUUAAAAAUGCCAUUAAGAGAUUAUGA